AUGAAUAAUACCAAAGCACCUUUCAGCAGUAAUUGCACUUCCAAUGGAUCAGUUACUCAAUGGAACACAACCUGUGAUCUGAAUGGAACUGGUUACAGACCAGCAUUAAUAACAUUCUACAGCAUCGUGUUAGUAGGAGGUACUAUAGGAGCCAUCGUCAUAACAUGGAAAAUAAAAAAUUACCGAAAAUCUGUGACGUCCACUGCCAUGGUCAACCUCAUAUUUAUACACGUGAUUUUUCUCGUAACUGUGCCAUUCCGCAUCUCCUAUUAUGGCCUUGGUGAAUGGAAGUUUGGCUUAAUCUUUUGUAAACUGGUGGAUGCAACGAUCCACGCUCAUAUGUACCUGUCCUUUGUGUUCUACGUGAUCAUUGUGGUGAUCAGAAUGAUCAGCUUUUUUAACGAAAAGAAAACAGUGCAGUUUUACCAGCCAUGGCACGCCAGUGCAGUUAGCCUGGUUAUAUGGUUCCUGGUGCUCAUGGGCGUUUUCUCAUCAUUUCAAUCAAAUUACGAUAAUUCAACACAAAAUAAUACAACAAGGUGCUUUCUGGUGCACAAUAACCCUUACAAAGCACAUAACAAGAUCCAAAAUUAUCUUUGUGUUAUUGUGGUGUUAGGAGUAUUUGGUGUUUUACUUGUCAUCCAGACGGGUGUGCUGAUAAAAUUGACAAUCCAACAUCAAGGUACUCUACGUAAACAACAUCAGUUUGGAGCUCAGAUGAAGACAUUGUUCUUUGUGCUGAUUAUGAUAUGGUUUGUUCCAUUUCUUGGAUUCAGGAUACUUUACAUAAACCAAAUUAAAUGUUGUUCAUCAGUUUUACAUGUCAUAAAUGAAGUCUUUCUAGCAUUGAGUGCAUUGUGCUGUUUUGAUGCACUUGUACUCCUUGUGGCUUCUCAUUGA